GCACCCCUUAAGGCUAUCGUCUUGAGAAAAUACUGUUCGGAGCCUGAUUAUAACGCUAUUUUUUUUUUUAAAUCGAAAAGCUCGGCUUUCUGUUAUUGUAGGGCUUUGGCGUUUGUCUGACUGGGGUUUAGAGUCGCAGGAUGUCUCGCUACUCAAGGCCGCCCAACACAUCCCUCUUCGUCCGAAACGUGGCUGAUGCCACCAGGCCGGAGGAUUUGCGUCGUGAAUUUGGUCGGUACGGCCCAAUAGUAGACGUUUACGUUCCACUUGACUUCUACACUCGCCGCCCACGAGGAUUUGCUUAUAUACAGUUUGAGGAUGUUCGUGAUGCUGAAGAUGCCCUGUAUAAUCUUAACAGGAAAUGGGUUUGUGGUCGACAAAUUGAGAUACAAUUUGCUCAAGGUGAUCGGAAAACUCCUGGACAAAUGAAAUCCAAAGAGCGCCAUGCCUGUUCACCAGUUGAUCGCAGGAGAUCCCGAAGCCACAGCAGAAGGAGAACACGUAGUCGGAGCUCCUCUUGGGACCGUGGUAGGAGGAGGUCUGGCAGCUUAAAAUCAUCAAGGCACAGAAGGCAUUCUUACAGUCAUUCAAAGUCACGUUCAAAAUCUCCUCAAAGGCGUUCCAGGACACCGCAGAGACAUUCCUUCUCUAGAGGACGCUCAAGAUCAAUGGAGAAAUCACCUUCUGGCUCACCUCCAAAGGAAUCUAGCUCUGGGUCAAAGUCCAGGUCAGGCCAAAGGCGAUCUGGCUCCACUAGAUCCCACUCGAAAUCUCCUCGUCAUAGACAUUCAAACUCUUUAUCACAAAAAGAAGCAGCCAGACAUUCUAGUUCUCGUUCCCGGUCUCGGUCACGUUGUUAUCGGGGCAAAAACAGUAGACAGUCUGGGUCUGACGAAGACUAGUGCAUAUUCUUGUACCUCUUAAGGUUGUUGCAAGUUUUGUCCACAAUUGGCAGACUUCUCAUCUGCCAAGAAGUUUACAAUAUCAGCUAGACUUCCUUGCUUACUUUCUAAAAAAAAAAGUUAAAACAUUACAUGUGAGAAUGGGGGCAAGCAGCUCUCAUAAAGUUUCUUGGGCCCUCUAAGACCUCCGUGCAUAUUGUGUGUGUGUUUUUUUUUUUGUUUGAAACACCUGUAAAGCAUUCUUUUUAGAAAACAUAUUAAUUUUGUCAUUUGGUUGGACUGCUGAAUGUUUCAAAGUAUUCUCUGGAGUGUGUUCCUGAAAUAUAUGCCAGUGCUUUGUUUUACUGUCUAGACCAACCACCUAAUAUUUAUCAAAAAGUGUUAAAAUGAAACAUUUUCAUAAAUGUAAUUGUGUAAGGGAAGAUCUGGCAAGCUUGCUAGGCUUAAACCGAAUGAGGGUACAAUUUUGUCGUUUAGUGCAAGGAUAGUGAGAAUCUUUCCAUCUUAUUAAAAUAUUUUGAUACAUACACAUAUAUGUGUAAAACUAACACUGAAAUCUAAAGAUUGAUAUUCAUUUCAGCAAUAAGGGUUGCGGCACCAAGUUUUACAAAUGUGCUUUUGUUGAAGACGUAUGUUUUACGAUUGUAAAUGACAAUUUUUAUUUUCUGGAAAAAGCUGCACAAAUACAGGUUUUGUUUGUUUACUGUGCUGCAUAACCAUUGUUUUAUUGCUUUCUGCAGUGUUUUCUGCAUUAGUCAAGUAUUUUUUAGAUGCAGUAAAUAGUUUCAUAAUGCUUUGAUUCUGCCUCAAGUGCUGUCACUUGAAAUGUUGGACAGUUGAGUAUUUUGUCCAAUGGUUUUAAUAAACUGAAAGUUUCCAAACGAAA